ACAGACAGACACUGACACUCGGAUAUAGCACUAUGUCCACGCAGGAUUCUCUCGCCUCGAGCCUCCUGCCCACUUAUUCAACGGCGAUAUGCUCCCUUUCUCCGGGCUAGCAGAAUCACAUGGUGCUGACUGCCGUUCUGGCUAACUACUAUAUGUACAUGAACGGUCGCAGCCGCUCAGGUUCAUGACCUGCCAACACCCCUCGACUACUCAAGACUGCAGCCAGCAAACCCCCGGGACAGCCAUGCAUCUCAUACUCACUGGCGCGACCGGCCUUGUUGGCGCGUCUGUCCUCCACAACAUGCUUGCGCAAGAAAGCAUCAGCCGCAUAUCAAUCCUCAGCAGGCGGCCAGUCAAGAUGGCGGAGGGCCACGCCAAGGCCAAGGUCAUCAUUCACGACGACUUCAACAAGUACGAUGAGGCGCUGCUGAGUGAGCUGAAAGACGCGCACGGUUGUGUGUGGGCACAGGGAGUCUCCCAGAAUGCCGUUAGCAAAGAGCAAUAUCUCCAAAUAACCCACGAUUACCCUCUGGCGGCUGCCCGCGCCUUUUCCUCUCUGCACCCGGACUCGCCAUUUACGUUUGUCUAUGUGUCGGGUGAAGGUGCCACGCAAUCCCCAGGUAUCUUUACCACACUGUACGCGAGGGUCAAGGGACAGGCCGAGUCUGCGCUACUUGAUUUUGGCAAAAAGAAUGCCAUGUUCAAGGUAUACAAUGUGCGGCCAGCCGGGGUGGACUGGUCGGGCCACCCCGAGAUCCAUCCAUUCAUACCCAAGCAAGAAAUGUACAAGAAGGUCAUCCUGCCGCCGAUAAAUCUGGUGUGGAAGAGUAUGGUCACGCCAACUAGGGAGAUGGGCAAAGUCAUGACGGAGCUGGCCAUGUCCAGGGGUGAGCCGUUGGAGGGUCCGGAUGUGGAAAUGGAAGGCCGGCUAUUAUCCAACAUUGCUCUCCGGCGUAUGGGAGGAUUGUGAUACCCGUUGGAGAUAGGACUGAAUCGUGUUUUCUUCUUUGUGGGAUCGAGGCCCCC